UGAAAAAAAGGUCUUUGUAAAUAAAUAUCAGAAAGGCUGGGCUGGAGGGGCGUGUCGGUGUCUGUUUGAUUGACAGCAGCUGGCAGGCUGAGCCCCUGCAGGGGAAGAGAGACAAAGUAAACAAACCUGUGCUGUAGCCUUCGUGUUAUGGGCAGACAUCCUGUUAGAGGUAUUGAAGAGUAAGGACCACACCGGCAUCUAACUGGAUCGAAGUGACAUUUGCUGCUGUCUGAUGGCUCCGCCUGUUAACUGGUUGACAGAGGAAGGAAAUGUCUCCACCAAGAUGACCAUCUCUGUCUGUGGUUUGCUUUGAUAGAUCACAGAAGAGCUGCACAUCUAAUUUUGGACAUUCGACAGAAUGAACAUCAUUAUCUCCUCACUGCUGGGUGUAGCCGCAUUUGCUCUCCAAGUUGCUACAUAUAAAGAGACUCCGAAGGUCAGUGUGUCUGUGUGGCCUCCGGGGUCAAACAUCUACCUUGGUGAGUGCGUGUUGCUGCAGUGCACAGUAGAGUCAAACUCCAGUUUUGUGUGGAGCUACCGGUGGUUCAGGCACAAACCACACACUGCUCCAACCCCGAACCUGAGGCACCUGGUCUCCGGUGACAGCUACUCCAUCACCGCGGUAAUGAGGGAGGACGCGGGCAGGUACUGGUGCCAAGCCGAGCGGUGGGAGAGCAACAUCACCUCUGUGGUGCUCCUCAGCCAGCCGGCCACGCUCAGUGUGUCAGAGCUGCCUCCUCCCUCACUGACUCUGACUCCCAGCACUAGACAGCUCUUCAGAGGGGAGCGUUUCACUGUCCAGUGUCCGGUGUCUCUGACUAACUCCUCAGGCUGGAUGCUGAAGCAGUUCUCUUGGGGCCGAGUGAGGAACAGACUCCGCUACACUGACCCGUGUUCACCACUAGGGGAUGCUGUUAGCGCAGACAAGUCUGACAGGUGUGAGUUCACUGCCGUCAACGGGACCAGUGGACUGUACUGGUGUGAGGGCGCUGAGGGCCGCAGCAACGCAGUCAACAUCACAGUAAGCUAUGGUACCAUCAUCUUGAAGACUCCUGCCCUCCCUGUAUUUGAGGGCGAUAAAGUGGUCUUGUAUUGUCAGUACUGGGCAGGCAACCACAGUAAAACCACCUUCUUUAAAAACGGAGCAGAAAUCAUCACUAGCACUUCCUCCAGUUCAGACAGUGUAAUAAAGAUGACAAUUGAGAAUGUGGCACAGGAAGAUGAAGGCUUCUACAAGUGUGCAUCCCAGGACAGAAAGAUGGAGAGUCUAGAGAGCUGGUUAUCAGUGAGGCCUGACCGAGGCAACUUCACUUCAACAGAUGGGACAGCAGCCUCCACUAGUGGCUCCUGGAAAUGGAUCAUUGUUUCAUGUGGAGUUGUACUUCUGUUCCUCAUCCUUCUAAGUGUUUGGCUAGUUUGUCACUACAGGUACCAGAUGUUUUGCACACGUAGCUGUUGGCCAGUUUCCAAAGAGGAUCUACCAGCAGUGGGUCUUCCUGUGACCAAGCAGGACGUGACAGAAAUGCAGUGGGACCUGUCCUGGAUGGAGAUGUCCAAUCUGUUGGAUAAGCAGUUAUAUCCUGGCACUUAAAGGAUCACUCUCACAUGACGCAUAUAGAAAAUACUACAUGGAGUGAACCCUAUGAGAUAGUUCAGUCAGUUAUAGUUAUAAAUAAGCUUCAAAUCAUGCAAGUCUCUCAUAUAAGUCGAGUCUUUUUAAAUGUAAACUCUUACUUGAAAAAUCCACAUUAAAAAUAUUUGUGAAAAGCUGAUUAACAGUUAGAAUACUGAGGAAGGUUUGUCAACUGACCUACCAUAGUUGUUAUUUAACUUAACUUGUAUUACCGUUUAAUUUAUCCAUAUUUAAACUGUUGUAAAUUGUUUGGGGUGCUACUAACUCAUCCUACCUUCAUCCUACAAGAUACUUUCCAUCCUGAAAAAAAUAAAGAAAAUGGUAAUCAGUUAGUAAGUAGCUGUGACUCACCUGUCCCACUGUUUAGGAAAUGUAGUAAAUAUUUUAUGACAUCCAUAUUUUGAAUAUAUGUUUUUAUGUAUUUGAUUGUACCUAAAAGCCCCCCUGACAUUUGCCAAAAUGUUUCAAAUCAAUUUUCCGAUCUUAAUUCAGUUCUUGAAAGGAUUUAAAUUUACCGUACUGUCGUACUUCUUGAUAUCAAUAUUCCAUUAAAUAUAGAUGCCCCUCUCUUGCGAAUAGAAAGUCAUCUAGUUUUUUAUAGGUUUUCAAGAAUCAACUGAAAAAGCAUCUAAUUUACAGUGCCAAAUAGCAUUUUACUUUUGACUGUAAAUUCCUUCUUUUUUGUUCCUUUUGACUGCUCUUGUUAUUUUUGUUUGCUUUGUCUUGUUGUCUGAUGUUUAUGAUUAUACUUGAUAGAAUUGUUUUGUAGAUAUUUUAGAGACGCAUAACAACCAUAAAGAAACACAAACGAGUACAAAGUGACACAAAACAACUACAAACAGACAAAACAUGUACAAAGACACAAAACGACUAUAAAAAUAACAAACAAAAUGACUACGCAGCCGAGGCGCUUGUAGUUGUCUUGUGUGUCUUUCAGUCUGAGGGUCUUGCUCCUAUGUUGGGGGGGCCUUUGACAUGUCUGUGCCCAGGGGCCCAUUGUCUCAUAAUCCGUCCAUGGUCACUCCCCAAUCUCUGUGCUGACCUUGGUAUCCUUUUGGGGAGUGACGAAGUCAGAGCCUAGACAUCAAACAUCAACUCUGUACAUAUUCUGCAUGCACAUAAUAGUCUGUUCCACUUGAGUUGGCAGUAUGAAUGACAUCUCACAAUCCACGGGAUGCUAAUCUAGGCUCUGGAUAUAAUUGAUGUAAUUUCUUAUAGAGCAUUAUGUAUCUGUCAGGAUAAUUAUGAUGGCAUGAUGCACUGCAUGACUCAUCUUUACAUUACUGUAAAAUAAAUACAUA